AUGGAAAAAUCGCAGAAGCAAGUCACCCGCCCAAGCAACUCCCGAAGAGAAUACUCGAAGGAGAUACCAAUUGAUCUGUUGAUUGAGAUUUUUUCAAGAUUGUCUACGGGAGACAUUGCUAGGUGUCGUUGCGUGUCUAAGAUCUGGUCUUCCGUACCGCGUCUGCGAGAUUUCACUGAACUAUUCCUGAAAAUAUCUUCGGCUCGGCCGCGUAUAUUAUUUACCUUCCUACAUAACGGUAUGGUUCCUUCCUAUGACAAUGAGAUUCAUGCCCCUGUACGUGGGUUUCUUUGUAGCAAAGCUAGUGUCUAUAACCCUAGCACAGGAGAGUGUGCAUACCCUUACCUAGAGCUUCUAGGGCUUUGGGACAUUCUCCCCGUAGAUGCUGAGAAUCUUGCAAAGAAAGUGUGCGUGCCCAAGGUAUUGUUGGCGUCCGAGGAUUUUGCAUGUCGAGUUUCAACAUUAGGAACGGAAGAAGUUUGCUGGAGAAUGAUCCAAUGCUCGCUACCCCAUAGGCCUUUUCGUGAUGAGAUAUGCAUUGAUGGAGUUUUGUACUAUUUAGCUAAUUGCAAAGGUAAAUUAGGCAUACUAUGGCCAGUGCCCUCUGGAGAUCAGAGUCAUGAAGUCACAAGAAGUUUUGUGUUGCGGAUUCUGGAAGAUGCCAAUAAACUGAUAUGGUCGAGGACUGUCUACACAUUGUCUUUUAAUUGGAAGAAACUUGUGAAUAAAUCUCUAUACAUUGUUGGGAUGACUAGUGGAGGUGAAAUUGUGUUAUCUACACGCCAUCUAAACUAUCCUUUCUACAUUGUCUACUAUAAUCCGGUGAACAACACUGCGGCAAAAAAUGAAAUCCAGUUUGGGAAUAUCGCUAAUAAGAAGGCUGAAAACUCAAGGAUUUAUACGUUUAUAGACCAUGUAGAGAAUGUAGAGCAUAUGGAUUAA